AUGAAGAUCGUAUUGACCAUUUUCUUUUUUCUCAGCAUUGUGGCUGCUGAUGGAUGGCUCUCAUCGAAUUUAAAAAGUCUCAUCAACAAAUAUUCCAGGAGAGUUAAUGGUCUUGGCCCAACCAUGAGAACUCGAGAUGCCCCGCAUAAUCUCUUCCUCACUACGAAACGAAGCGACCCCGGUUCAUCCUUCUUUCUCCGGAAUUUUAUGACAUUCGAUUACCCACGUGACCAAACUAGUAUUGUUUACAAAUAA